AUGCCCCUCUAUCUCACUGCGUCCCACUCGUCGCGGGUAAAUAAGCCGGCCAAGAGACCCGCUGAGACUGGACGUCGACAUUCUUCGUCACCUUUCGCGAGUCUUCCGCGCAGUAAACCGACGGGUCAGCGGACAAAGUCACUUGCUGAGGCUGUCGGCGACGACCCAGAUGGACGGGAGGAUGGUGAGGACAGAUUGACACCAAGCGGCAGAGUCCUCUCGACCAUCACUGUUGACUCCGCCAGAGAUGUCCUGAGUGCCGUGCAGUAUGCUCGUGCGUCUAUGUUUGCGCUGCUACCGGAGCGAGCGGGCAUGAACAGUGUGCGCGUUGCCGAGGUGCUCAACUUCCAGCGGAAUAUGCCACCUAUUGUGUCGUUAGCGCAUGUUCACGCUCUGAUGGCCGCCUCGUCCAAGACGGAGCGAGACAUUGCUGCGUUGCAAGCCACCGGUAAGAUUCGAAAAAUCAAAAUCACGGGUCGAGGCAACGAUGUCAGUGGCCUCGGCGAGGUGGUCAUCAGCAUGGAAGAGUUACAAGCCUUGCUUGACCGAAGCGAUGUUGGACCAAGUGUUCGCGCUGAUUUCUGCAACGUGCUCCGCGCUCAGCCUCGAGCCACGGGCAUUCCACCCCAUGCAUUGCCAACGUCUCAUGUGACCGCAUUGACUCGGAAUGGCUUUCUUGUCUCCUCGUCGCUGACCGGAUCUCGGAGUGUUUCUUUGGCUGGUUCAUCUCUUGUGUCCAUGCCCAAAAUAUCCCGUGCCGCCUCAGGCUCAACAGAUGCCAUUGGCGGGGAGUCGGCAUUCGAGAAUCUAGGUGGUGUGGGUGCGGCACGGCGGUCGAGCUCGUCCAUCCACCAGACGCAAGGCUUGCAAGCAAACGAGUUGGUGCUCUCCGUGCCAAAUAUCGGGCCAUAUCUGAGGCUGCUAGCUGCUGGUCGCGCACAUUUACUUGAGCUACUUGGCAAAUCGAAAUACAGGGAGGCUCCGCUUCAUCUGCUCCGCGAACGAUGGGACGGGGCUGUGGAUUCCGACAAUCGGGUUUCUACUGCCAAGCGAAUCAGGGGAGAGUUUUCCGGCGUCAUGCCGGCGAAGACCAAGAAAUGGAAGGACUUGUAUGGUCUGAACUUCGAUUGGGCUCUGGAAGAAUGUCUGGGUGCAGGACUAAUCGAGCUAUUCGAGACUCGUAGCGUGGGUCUCGGCGUACGAGCACUGACUUGA